AUGUUUACUAAUUGGGUCAUUAAGGUAGCACAACUGUUAGUUUCGUGUAUUUUAAUUUCUGCUGAAGAAUAUCAUACUACUAAGCGAACAAAGAUAAGUAAUACUGAUACACCUAUAGAAGAAGAACCUCCAGAAGGAUAUUAUGCGUUCGUUGAAUCACCAAAUGCUGAACCACCUAAAGUUAAACCCCCACCUUAUGUUGAAAGCGAUAAAGAAUGUCAUGAUACUGGUAAAGGAAAGGGAUUUGCAUCUGUAUAUAAUAUUUGUGGUGAUUUGAAUAAAGGAUUUAUACCUAAAAAUCCUAUGAAGCAAUAUAUCAAUGGAUCUUCCUAUCCAUUCACUUUGAUAAAAAAUCAUACUCUCAGGUUUUUGAGCAAAGCUUUGCCAAUUUUAAAAGCAGACGAAUCUUUACCUAAAGUUGCUAAAAUUCAACCUGGACAAAACUCAGUUGAUUCUGAUCAGAAACGAAGUAGGAAUAAAAGAUCUUCCGAUACAAACGAUAGUGCAAAUCGUAAUGCUCGCAAAUUUUGUGAGAAUGGUAGUGGAGUAGUGUGUAUGUUGUACAAGGCCAUUCAAGGUGAACCAUUGGUAACAUCAGCAGCAGAACGUAGAGAUGAGCCUUCGACGCAAGAAUAUCAUCAACGAAAUCCUGUUCAAGAAAAGCCAGAAUAUACUGGUCCACCAACCCCAUGUCCAGCCAAAGUAGAAUAUGCUACUCCAGUAUUUGCAAAAAAUUAUCAAGGAGUUUGGCGUUAUGUUGUACAAAUUCCUUAUGAGGGUUACUUUACACAAACGAUUGAAGUUACUCGAUGCAUGCAAUCAAGAUGUCACUAUUUAGAUGGCGGUUGUUUAUCUUCACCAAGAUGGACGAGUUUACUGGUAGCUGAAAUUUAUUAUCCCGAAACUUUUCUGGAAGGAAGCCAAACAGAUAGAUUUCCAGGUCCCAGAGAUCCUGUAAUUGGUGUACCACCACCUGUACAUGAUUUCCAAAAUUAUCAACAGUACUUGCAAAAGCGUGCAGGUGAAAAUGAAGCACGUAAUAGUGGUGGUUCUCAACAUCAUUGUGAUGGCGUAGAUGAAAUGGGUUGUUUCCAGGUACGAUUGUAUUAUGAUUGGUUUUUAAUACCAGGCAGCUGUAAAUGUUGGCGACCUGAUUACUUCAAUCGAUAUGUUCGUCGUAGUGGAUCUAGUACCGAAUUAUGAUCAUACUUAUUUUCAUUUAUAUAUAAUAAUUAGAUAUUAAACUUGCGUUUGUAAAACUAUUAGUUCAUUGUUUGUAAUUAAAAGAGAACAUUACUGGUCAGAUGAAUGAACGAUAAUAGAUAGAUACGUUCGAGCAAAGUUUAAGUUAAAAUAAGUUAAUUAUAAUUUAGAUUAAUUAAUUAUUCUAAGAAUGUCUGCACAUGAAAAAGGUCUCUCUGCGGAGAACAUUUUCACUCGCAUAAGAUUUGUUUUAAAAAUCAACAAUAACAAUUAAUCAUUAAAUUAUUCUUAACGUCAUUGGAUUUACAACACUGAGAACAUUCAAAAGUAGUUUUCUCAAUGAAGAGAUUUUGCCCUUUUGAUGCGCGACUGAUUAAAUUUUAUAAAUAAUUAAAUAAUUA